UCGAGUCGCUACACGAUAUAUCAUUCAGUCAUUACUUUAACUUCGUCGAAGCACAAUGUGGUAAUUGAAUUUUUGAAUGAACAUGGAUAGACUAGAGAGUCAAUUACUGAAAUUGAUUGCAGUCCAUGACUGGAAGAAAAUUAUUCAAUUGAGCGACGACUAUUCCUUCAUCGAAAAAUCUCGAUUUUUAUGGGCUUGGCCCACCGAAAAGUGUCUGCAAGAACUGAAAACAGUUCUGGCAGAAAAUUGUGUUGAAAGUGUGUUAAGUAUAGGCUGUGGAUCGGGUUUGCUGGAAUGGAUCAUCGAAGAAAUGAUGGAUAUACCAGUCAGUGGUGUCGAACGGAAUCAUUCAAUGUGGACUACCAAAUACUCUCCAUCGAUAUUCAUCAGAGUGCGUUUUAUUGAUGGUGAUCCGAAGCCAGAAUACCUUCAAAAUUGUGCUGUGACCACCGACCAUUUUGCCCUACUAUUUUGUUACUUCAACAACAGAUCAGCGUUCGAUAAGUAUAUCGAUGCAUUCCGUGGAGAUGUUGUAUUGAUAGUUGGCCCGCAAAACGACCGUAAUAUUGUUACCGAUCCAUUACCGAUGAAUCCGAAGUUUACUUAUGGAUCUAAAUGGUCUGUGAAAGCAGUUAUCAAUAUCGACGACUACAAUGUCAUAGCAGUGUACAGAAGACUGACUCAAUUAAAGAAAUUUUCGUAAAAACUUGAAACUGUUUUACUCAGAACCGCGACAAGCGAGGCGGUAAGACAUAUCAGUAUGAUGCCAGUGACACCUAUUUCCAAAAUAGUCGACUACGGCUUUCUUUUGUUUUUUUUAGAUUAUUGCUUGCAAGUUCAUAUAUACAAUUUUCAGACCUUUCUAUGAAGAAAAGUUGGCGUCUGUAUCGAAACGUAUCUAUGUAUAAUGCACAGUGUAUUUGGUGAUGAAGGGUCACUUGAAAGCGUUGAGUAGUGUCAAUACCAUCUCUAGCAACCAAACUAGGAAAAUUAAGAUGGUAAAACUUUACAGUGUAUUAUGUCAUAGAAAAUUUUACACUUUUAAAAAUAAAUUAAAUGAAGUAUGAGCAGCGAUGUCCUUUUUUGUGUUGAAAAUAUUACGUCUCCUGUCACCAUUUCGGAGUUCGGAGUUGUGAUUGUGAGGUAUUUUUUGGGUGAUGCUUUGUCAUUUUGGUGCGCAAAAAUUAAAGAAAGUUUAAAAUUUGUAUUUUUCGUGUGAUGUCG